AUGAAGUCCGUUGUUUCGACGUUGCUGGCCCUUUCGGUCGCCGUUAAUGGCCACCCGACGGUCGAUACUACCUAUGCGUAUAAGGGCCCCGAGGUCCCUGUUGGUGAUUGGGUUGAUCCCACAAUCAAUGGCAAUGGAAAGGGAUUCUCUCGUCUGGUGGAACCACCAGCCGUGAAGCCUGCCUCGUCUCAUCCGACCAACAAUGUCAACGUCAUUUCGUUGUCGUAUAUUCCCGAUGGCAUUCAUAUCCACUACCAGACGCCAUUUGGACUAGGCAAGGCACCCGCUGUUAAAUGGGGAAAGAAUCCUCACAAGCUGGAUCGUGUUGCGAAGGGAUAUAGUCACACCUAUGGCCGCACCCCUUCCUGCUCGCAGAUCAAAGCUAUCACCCAGUGCAGCGAAUUCUUCCACGAAGUUUCUCUGGAUGACCUCGAGUCGGGAAAGACCUACUACUAUCAAAUCCCCGGUUCCAAUGGCACAACCACCUCCGAGGUUCUGAGCUUCACAACAGCUCGCAAAGCCGGUGACCCCACCGAGUUUUCUGUCGCCGUCUUGAACGAUAUGGGGUAUACCAACGCCCAAGGUACGCACAAAUACCUGACCCAAGCCGCCAACGAGGGUACUGCAUUCGCAUGGCACGGUGGUGAUAUCAGUUAUGCCGAUGACUGGUACUCGGGCAUAUUGCCCUGCGAGGAUAGUUGGCCCGUCUGCUACAACGGUACAAGCACCACUCUUCCAGGAGGCGUCGUGACGGACGAGUACAAGAAGGCCCUGCCAAAGGGCGAGGUUCCCAAUCAAGGCGGACCCCAGGGCGGCGACAUGAGCGUCCUCUACGAGUCCAACUGGGAUCUCUGGCAACAAUGGCUGGGAAGCGUCACCACGAAGAUCCCCUACAUGGUACUCCCCGGUAACCACGAAGCCGCAUGCGCCGAGUUCGACGGGCCCGGCAACGUCCUGACAGCCUACUUGAACGAGGACAAGUCGAAUUCCACCGCGGCCAAGGAGGCUCUCACAUACUACAGCUGCCCGCCCUCGCAGCGCAACUUCACGGCCUACCAGCACCGUUUCCGCAUGCCGGGCGCUGAGACGGGCGGCGUCGGCAAUUUCUGGUACUCGUUUGACUACGGGCUUGCUCAUUUUGUUUCCAUGGACGGCGAGACGGACUAUGCUAACAGUCCCGAGUGGUCUUUUGCGGAGGAGCUUUCCGGAAACGAGACGCACCCCAAGGAGUCGGAGACCUAUCUGACUGAUAGCGGGCCCUUUGGCCGCGUUGGAAAUGUGAAGGAUACCAAGUCCUACGAGCAAUACCAGUGGUUGAAGAAGGACUUGGCUAGCGUUGACCGGAAGAAGACACCCUGGGUGAUUGUGAUGAGCCAUCGUCCCAUGUAUAGCUCCGCUUACUCUUCCUACCAGAAGAAUAUCCGCGCAGCAUUUGAGGGCCUGAUGCUGGAGCAUGGUGUUGAUGCCUAUCUCUCCGGACAUAUCCACUGGUAUGAACGCCUGUUCCCGCUGGGAACUAAUGGAACUAUCGAUACUGCUUCGAUUGUCAACAACAAUACCUAUCUUACCAAUGCCGGCAAAUCUAUGACCCAUAUUAUCAACGGAAUGGCUGGUAACAUUGAAAGCCACAGUGAAUUCAGCAGUGGCCAGGGCCUGACGAACAUCACUGCCGUGCUGAACACGAAGGAGUACGGAUUCAGCAAGAUGACUGUUGUAAACUCUACUGCCCUGAAGUGGGAGUACAUUCGUGGCAGUGAUGGAUUGGUCGGUGAUAAGCUUUGGCUAGUCAAGCCUGGCCAGGAGAAUCAUGGACAUACUAGCAAGAGCCCUGUUGGUGCGAAGAAGCCUCGUGUUUAG